UCUUUAGCGAAAGGAAGAACCGUUGCAUCCGCAGGCCGAGCAUCAUCCGUGGGGACGCGAAAACGUGAACACAUCGUGCAUCUGAUAUAAGAUAUUUUAGGAGGUCGGAUAAUCUUUUUACUGCCUUGACGGAAUCUGGAACAUCCAGAUGCAAAGAAUGCUCAUUUUAAGGCAAAACGAGCAGCUGACGUCGAUUGUUGCUUAAGUGGGAGGAGGGAAAAGAUGCUGCAAGGUUCAAAUAUUGUGGGGCAUGAGAGGCCUCUGGUCAUCAGGAUGUCCUUCAGCACCUGCGUGCUGUGGACGGUGUGCCUGCCGCUGCUCGGACUGAUAUCUUGUGUGCUCAUAUCCUCUGUUUUUCAUUUUGACGAUGCCACUGGCACACAUUGCCAGGUUCCUAACUACCUGCCAUCUAUUAGUGCCUCGAUAAGCCUCAGUCCUGAGUGCUACAUAUGGCGGUUUUGUAUUGGACUGCACUCCGCACCGAGGCUUCUGGUGGCCUUUACCUACUUCAGGUUUUACAAGUCACGCUUUGCCGCCAGGUUUCCUGAAAGCCCGCUCAGCUGCUUGAGCUUUGCCUUUUCUAUCUCUGAGAACCUCGGCCUCUUGCUCCUCACAUAUGUGUCAUCGAGUGAAACAUACUUUGUGCAUAAAGAAGGUUUUGUCCUCUUCCUUGUGAGUUCCAUUAUCCACAUGCUGAUAACCUGCCGUUUGUGGAAGUCUAUUAAGAAGUAUUCCUUAAAUCCCGAGGAUGCCAAAUCCCACCACUGGAAAGUACGUUUCUUACUUCUCAACGUUUCCUUCUGCGCGUUUGCCGGAUUCUUUUACUGGAAGCACAACGUGUACUGUGAAUCAGGAAGUUAUACAUUCUUUGCCUUGUUUGAGUAUCUGGUGGUGUUCUCCAACAUGGCCUUUCAUCUGACAGCCAUCUGGGACUUUAAGAGCAGAGAGGUCAUGGUCAUUUCAUCCUCUGAGGAUAAAGAUUUCUGACUAGAAACACAAGGACUGAGCACAAAAAGCGUGGCCACGACACCAUCUGAUGAAAACAAUGAUGAGGCAGCUGAAGAGGGAGAUUGGGACGAAGGCCUUUUUCACAUAUUUCCAUGACGGAAACUUACAAGUUUUUGGGGGUAUAGAUGUCUGUCAACUACAAACAAACACCACACAGAAAAUGUGUAAGGUGAAAGUACAGUUUCUGCCUCAGUGUCUCAUUCACGGAUGCCUUCACCUUACGUGUUAUGUGAUGUGAAGUUUUAAAUUUUGUACAUAUCACAUUGAAUGUCUUGCAUUUGACAGUAAAUGUGUUUGCCAAAAUAAAGUGCAAGUACUU